AGCGAGCGCGCCGGGCGUACCAUGCGGCCCCGCCCCACCUGCGCUGGGCUCGCGGGCCGGGGGCGCGGGCGCCGGCGGGGCUGCGGGGGGCGGCGCGCUCGAGCGGGCAUGCGCAGUGGGCGGGGGGGGCCGGCGAUGCCGGGGGAGGCGCGGGAGCCACUGCUUAUUCGCGGCCGGGCCGACUCGGCGGCGCGGGCGGAGCGCGGGGCGCCCGCGGCGGGGCCAGCGGCCGGCGCACCAUGCCCGAGCCCGCCGCCGGGGUCCCGGCCGGGGACGAUGCCAGGCGCCCGGGAGAGGCCAGGGCGGCGGCGGCGGCGCGAUGGCGGUGACAAGCCCUGCCGGCGGCGGGGAGCGCGCGCCCUCCGGGCGGCGGGGCUGCGGACUCGCGCCGGCUGGGGCCGCGGCGCUGCUGGCCGGGGCGAGCUGCCUGUGCUACGGCCGCUCCCUGCAGGGCGAGUUCGUGCACGACGACGUGUGGGCGAUCGUGCACAACCCCGACGUGCGGCCCGGCGCCCCGCUGCGCUGGGGCAUCUUCAGCAACGACUUCUGGGGCAAGGGCAUGGCCGAGAACACCAGCCACAAGUCCUACCGGCCGCUCUGCGUCCUCACCUUCAAACUAAACGUCUUUUUGACUGGCAUGAACCCAUUCUACUUUCAUGCAGUAAAUGUGAUUUUACACUGCCUCGUGACUCUCGUGUUGAUGUACACCUGCGACAGAGCUGUCUUCAGGAGUCGUGGACUUGCUUUCGUGACAGCCUUGGUUUUUGCCGUGCAUCCUGUUCACACCGAGGCAGUGGCUGGAAUUGUUGGAAGAGCUGACGUGUUAGCGUGCUUGCUCUUUCUGUUGGCCUUUCUCUCCUACAACAGGAGUGUGGAGCAGUGCGGUGUUGGGGAGUGUUUCCCUCCCACAGCUUCUCCCUUCUUCUUGCUGCUCAGUUUGUUCCUGGGGACGUGCGCAAUGCUUGUCAAAGAGACGGGUAUCACGGUGUUCGGAGUGUGCCUGGUGUACGAUCUCUUCUCCCUGUCCCACGAGCAAGAGAAACCGAGCAACGGGGUGAUCCGCCAGCGCAGCCCGCCGCAGCCCGGGGGCACCCAGGCCUCCUUGCCGCCCGCGCCCCCUCUGCGGGAGGACGGGAAGCAGCCGCGGGCCCACCGAGGGGCCUGGGGGGGCUGCCCCUCCUCGUCUCCAGCAGAGCCGAAGAGCAGUGGAUUCCCCGCGUCUCCUCGGGCCGUGUGGUCCAUGAUGAGGUAUCUGACAGCAAGCAACAAUAGAAAUUUCCUGCUUACCAUGAGGCCAUUCUUAAAAAGGGCCAUUUUGGUCAUAAGUUAUGUGGUGGUGGUUUUGUACUUCCGUUUGUGGAUAAUGGGCGGAUCUAUGCCCCUCUUUUCAGAGCAGGAUAAUCCAGCUUCAUUUUCGCCUUACAUUCUUACAAGAUUCCUUACCUAUUCCUACCUCUUGGCCUUCAACAUGUGGCUGCUUCUUGCACCUGCUACCUUGUGCUAUGACUGGCAGGUUGGCAGCAUCCCUCUGGUGGAGACCAUCUGGGACAUGCGGAACUUAGCCACCGUCCUUCUGGCAGUUGUGAUGACCUUACUGAGCCUUCAUUGUUUAGCAGCAUUCAAGAGACUGGAGCACAAGGAGGUGUUGGUGGGCCUGUCCUUCUUGGUCUUCCCGUUCGUCCCAGCCAGCAAUCUCUUCUUCACGGUCGGUUUUGUGGUGGCAGAGAGAGUCCUUUACAUGCCGAGCAUGGGCUACUGCAUCCUCUUCGUGCACGGCCUGAGCAGGCUCUGCACCGGGCUACACCGAGGCGGGACCACCACCCUGACCGUGUCCACCACGCUGCUGCUACUGCUCUUCUCGUGGAAAACUGUGAAGCAGAAUGAAAUCUGGCUGUCAAGAGAGUCCCUGUUCAGGUCUGGAGUCCAAACUCUGCCCCACAAUGCCAAGGUCCACUACAACUACGCCAAUUUCCUGAAGGACCAAGGUCGGAACCGGGAAGCCAUUUACCACUACAGCACGGCCCUCAAGCUCUAUCCACGCCAUGCCAGUGCCCUGAACAACCUGGGAACACUGACAAAAGACACAGCCGAGGCAAAGAUGUACUACCAAAGGGCUCUCCAGCUAAAUCCACAGCACAACCGGGCCCUUUUCAAUCUCGGGAAUCUCCUUAAGUCUCAGGAGAAAAAAGAAGAGGCAAUCACCUUACUGAAGGAUUCCAUUAAAUAUGGGCCAGAAUUUGCAGAUGCAUAUUCAAGCUUAGCUUCAUUAUUGGCGGAGCAGGAGAGAGUCAAGGAAGCAGAGGAAAUAUACCAGGCUGGAAUAAAGAACUGUCCAGACAGCUCAGACUUACAUAACAACUAUGGGGUUUUCCUAGUUGAUACUGGCUCUCCAGAGAAGGCAGUGACUCAUUACCAGCAGGCCAUCAAACUUAGUCCAAGUCAUCAUGUGGCCAUGGUGAACCUGGGGAGACUGUACAGGUCCUUGGGAGACAACCGCGUGGCUGAAGAAUGGUACAAACGCGCCCUGCAGGUGGCACGCAAAGCUGAGAUAUUAUCCCCUUUGGGAGCAUUAUAUUACAACACUGGCCGGUAUGCAGAGGCUUUGCACAUUUACCGAGAAGCUGCAGCACUUCGGCCUGCGCAAAGGGAACUCCGCCUGGCGCUGGCCCAGGUUCUGGCCGUGAUGGGUCAGACGAAAGAAGCUGAAAAGAUGACCCAUCACAUUGUGUCCGAGGAGACUGGAUGCCUGGAGUGCUACCGCCUGCUGUCAGCGAUCUACAGCAAGCAGGAGCAGCAUGACAAGGCACUUGAUGCUAUAGACAAAGCUCUCCAGCUGAAACCAAAGGACCCCAAAGUCAUCUCUGAACUUUUUUUCACAAAAGGAAACCAACUAAGAGAACAGAAUCUUCUGAAUAAAGCUUUUGAGAGCUACAAAGCAGCCGUGGAACUGAAUCCAGAACAAGCACAGGCCUGGAUGAACAUGGGUGGAAUUCAGCACAUCAAGGGAAAUUAUGUGUCUGCACGAGCUUAUUAUGAGAGAGCCUUACAGCUGGUUCCAGACAGCAAACUGCUACAGGAAAACCUCGCCAAAUUGGACCGCCUGGAAAAACGAUUACAAGAAAUUCGAGAAAAGGAUCAACUGUAGCAGCAUUUGACCCAGUCUCAAGGGACGGCGCCAGUGCCUCUGGCUAAGGAGGAAGUGGCGGAAGCCUUGCUCACGUAUCAUCAGGAACUCAACCAGUGAAGCUUUCCCCUCAUGCGAGCUUGGGGGGUGCGACUGGGACAGGUGGUGACCCUGUGCUGAGGGACUUGUAUUUCCACAGGAGACAAGAAGACCAAGCGCGCUGGAGGUGUGAGGGGGAAAGAGAACAAGUCUUACACCUUUGACAGGUUGUUGUUGGCUUUCAUUCCAGAUUUCCCUUUAUAUAUUUCCCUGCUUUUCCAAGCUGGAAAUCUGAUUCCAUCUCUUAGUGUGGGCUUUGAUGUCCCAGAAAUACAGAUGCUUGAACUCUAUAGUGCAAAGCAUCUCUUCUUGAUGAGAUGAGAUAUUUCAAAGAGGAGAAAUCUGGGAUAAGCCCCUAGGGAAUUCUAAAAAGAGGUGGCUCAUUUAGUUCUGCAGAACCAGAAAUGAGUGUCUAAAAGUUUUUGUAGAACCUUCUAGAACAUGUGGGGAAAGGGCUCUUGUUAAGUGAGCUUUAUCUAAUGGCCCCCUAAAGGUAUUGCUAGAACCCUGUUGAAGAGUAAAUUAAAUUCCACUUUGGUGCAAGCUUUCCCCUUUGCCUAAUGUGUCACAGAGUAAGCUUCUAGAAUUGUGUGGAUAUUCUUAUCCCUAGAGGAAAAUCGAGGAUCUUGGUACCCCUAAUUCUUCAUGAAAAUAUUUAAGACUAUUUUAAUUUUAUUACAAGUAUUACUAGAGUAGCUGUUCCCGCUCUACAAUUUCAGAAGUGCUUUUAAAAUCAUAAACGUUUCUGCCUCCAAAUAUAUUGUUAUUUUGGUGGAGAAAAGAAAUAGUAUAUUCUACAUGAGAAAUAUUAAAGCUAUUAACUGAGAGAAAUGUUCUACUUUAUUAUCUUAACAUUCAGACAUCCUGAGAUUUAUUAUUUUUUUGAAAAAGAUAUUUAACUGUUGAGAAAUCUUUACAAUAUAUCACAAAGAUCUCAUAGAGUCUAAAUAGAUGGAAAGGGAGCUCUAUUGAUUUGUCUUCCUGGGCUUAGUGAGAAUUCUGUGCAUCGAACCCUAGUUAUGGAAACUCAGAAUUCUUAGUUCUGGGUAUGUAAUUUUUGGAGCUUUUAUGGAGAACACUCAAAAAAUCUAGGAAAAAAGUUUAAAUUCAUAAUUUUAAAUAUAUAUAUUUAUAUUUAAAAGAUAGGGAUGGCAAAGUUGAACUUAAAAUUUGACAUUUGUUUCUUAGCAUUAUUUAUUCAUAACUUAUAAACUAUUUAAUAUAUGUCUGCACACACAUUUUCUUCUCUACCUAGUGGUUUUAAUUGCAGCUUUCAAAACUGAUCAUACAAAAAUUAUAAAUCUAAGUUACAAAGUAGUUGAGUCUUAGCCCCUCAAAAAAUGUGUAUUGAUUAUUCACUUGCUAAAGAUAAAGAAAUUAGGAGUCAGCCCUCUGUGCUUGAGGUCAUAUAUUUGGAAUUGAACAAAUCGGAACACCUGAGACGUUGGCCAUCGUCAAACUUUUUUUUUUUUUAAACCUGCUCUGGGCAGUACUGUUCAUGGUGCUGAGCCGGGAGUCAUAGAGAUGCGUCAGCCUGGAGGCAUGGAGUCAAUCACACAGGCCCAGGCGAGGGCAGGGUAAAAAGCCUUGUCUUCUCAACUCAGUGUCAGGAAGCGCUGCCCCUCUCUUGUGUCUUUGUCAAGGUAAGUGUAGGUGAAAGGAAGGGAAACCUCCUUGGAAAGGGGUGAUGUGAGGGCUCUUUUAAAUGCAAACAAUUACGGAAUUUGAGUUAGCGUACGUGUGCUUGUCUGCAUCAAUAAUGUUUAUAUAUUACCAUUAUAAUCCUCUGCUAAUGCCUUUUAAUGUCAUAUAUCAUAAAUUUAUCCAAAAUGUUAUUAAAAUAGUUUUUUUCCUUCCAGAAUUAUACUUGUAUAGUCCUAAGGCCCAGACGUGUACUAUAGUGCUUACAAUAAAGUAACCAGCCCACCCCCAAAUGGAAACACAGGUAGCCUAGCUAAAAACAGUAUCUAGAACUUUAAUCCCAAUUUUUAAGAAUGAUCUGUAACCAGAACUCAAGCUUAGAAAGUGAAUGGAAAAAACUGAGCCCCAAAUUUUGAAAAGCAAUUAUGCCUUAAUUGAAGUGCUGCUAAAGGUAGGAGAGGACAUUCGGUAGGAUAAUACAGAUUUAUGGCCUAAAAGUUCCUGAAAAAAAAAAAGGGUCAUGUGGACUUCAGGAGACUUUAUGCCUUCUGGGUGCUUUUCUCUCCCUCUGUCUCUGUCUGUCCCUUUCUCUACUUGUCUUCCUCCCUCCAUUCCACUCCCCCUCUCCCUCCUUAUCUCUUUUUUGUCACUCUGUCUCCUGUCUGCUCACAUCUCUUUGAACAUAACAGUAACACUGUUGAUUGGAUCGGGUAUUUCUGUCUUGUGUUCGUACCUUCACUGAGAUGUGGCCAGUGGAAUAGCUUUCAUAGUUGAAUUGUGCCUACAAGAAAAUAAACCACGUGUUAUUUUUCAAAGACAUUAGGUGUAUUUUAUAACUUUUUAUUUGUUCUUGUAACAUGAAAUAACUGGGUAAUUUGUCCUUACCAAAUUAAAACAGGAGUGCCCCGGUUAGUCGUGGGGAUGGACCCCGGUCGCCCUUAAUGAAAGCAUGUUGGCGCGUGGGCUGGUAGCCCCUUCCGAGCUGGAACUGCACAGCCAGCUUCGGGGAUGUGCGCCCCUCAGGGCCUUGCCCUCAGAAGCCCCUCGUGCUUGGUUGAAUGCUCUGCCUCAAGUUCUUAAGGUAUUAUUUUUGAACAAGGGGUCCCGCAAUUCCGCUUUGCACUGGGUCCUUAACUAGGCCCUGAGGACAAGACAGGAGUCGCUUUAGUGUGUCUGAACACUUGAUCCAGUGAUCAGAGUUUCACGGGAGUGUGUCUCUGAGCAGCACGUGCUGUUUUUAUCUCCGCUACACGUUGAGUUCCUUGCGUACAUAUAUCCCCAUCUUGCUGCCAAUCUUUCUAACCUGUUCUUCCAUCCUACCUAGAGCCAAUUCUCCUUGCCUUCAAAGUCCCCGAUAAUGGCAGUCCUUUAACAUGUCCUUUGACAUAGGGGCCAUACGAAUGGCUUUGCAAAUAUAUUUCAACCUUCAGAAUCAUUCAGGAUUUUUUAAAUGAUUCAUGUUUUCAAUCUGUUGAUGGUAUUCAUAAAACAUGGUUCGAUGAUGUAACAUAAGUGAACUAGACCAAAGAUAACCUUAGAGGGAAAGGAAGUUUCAUGAAUCCUGAGAUAGAUUUUUUGGGGUUUGUUUUCUUUGAAGUCUAUCACAAAACAAAGAGGAUCACCAGCAGUUUAAUUCCAGCUCCCAGUCGUACUUGGCAGCCCUGCACCAGCUUCUGGUGCUCCUAACAGGUAGCACCCACUUGAUGCAGGGUUUUGCAGUGGCUGUACAAAUGCUCCUAUGCAGCUGCUUUUCAACAAGACUCAUUGAGAAAAUCCAAGGCUUUCUAAACCCACCUACAAAUACUGUAAGUUGAUGGGGAAUAAAAAUAAGUGUGUGGUUUCUUAUUGUCCCUAGUAAACAUUGCAGGCCCCUCAGGCAGAAAAGCUGCAUUCAGCUGAUAGUUGAGAUCUAUUCCCUCACACAAUGGGGCUCUCAACCCUGGCUGGACUUUAGGAUUUUUAUGAUUAUUCUUGAAAUUUUGAUGUAAAAGCAAAAUAUGUUGGACCGUUCUAAAAAUAGCACUUCCCUCGUUGGUGUUGUUUGUAGUAGCCCUAUAACUUAAGGAGAAGAAAUAAAGAGCAACCAAAGGAAUGUUUUAAUAUCAGUAAAAUAAAAUGGCACAACAGAAUUGAUGCCAUUCAUAUCUGCCCAUUGGCUCAUAUAAAAAUGUUCCAUUUAAUCACCAAAGAUCUUUUAAUAGAAGCCUUUAGGGCAUGUAGCCCCAUAAAAUCUAUACCCUUCAUGAUAUGUAGUUAUUACCAGUUUCUAAGUUUAGACUACCAUUCACUCCCCAAACUGGAAAGAUGUGUCUGUGUGCAGAAAUCCAGGAGUUCCUUCUCAUUCUCAGUGGAUGUAUUUGUAUCACGUUUGGAAGAUUCCAGUGUGCAUUAGUCCUUUUGAGGCAGUCUGGGUGGUCCACAGGAGGGGUGACCCAGUCCAAGGAGCAGGAGAUCGGGUUCUAGUCCUGCUCUGCUGCAAGGAGCUGCCUUACCCUGCGCAGGUGACCAGUAUCUCGGUCUGUUUAUCACCUGGUCAAGGACUGGUUAGUUCUGUGGAAUUGUCAAGCUCUAGGAGUCCCCUAAAACUAGCCUGAGAGCCCUCUACAUCUAAAGAGAUACCUGAUAAAUGUUGCCCUUUGUUUUAGAAAUUCUUAAGAUAAUCACACCAAAACACAUUAAAAGUAAAUGCACCGCCCAGGUGCUUUAACUUGGCAGGGGAAACUACUCUGAAUUUUGCAGUCUUGUGCACAUAAAAAUUAGUGGUUUUGUUGUGAUUACUGAGGGGAAAAGAAAACAUUUUUUAAAAUUUCCUCCUAAGGCACUAGAAUAUCUGUAGAAGCCACGGCUUGCUUUUAUAAUGUGGAGAUCAUUUACCUUGCUGUGACUCACCCUAAUCUCUCCUUUUGUCAGGGAGAAAUGAUUUUUACAUUGUGUUCUUUGUUCAUAAUUCUUUUAUUUUGUACUUUGAUCUGUUGUAUAUAACUGUACAUUUCUGUUAACUUUUGCUGUGCCAGUUAGAAAUAUAUCUCCCAUAAAGUAUUUCGUCCAUUUAAGUCAGUUUAUGUAUACUUUGCCUAGGUCCUUCCAAAUAAAGUUUAUGUAAAUGUCUAUUUUAUAUAAAAUAUAAUGAAAAUAA